GGUUGCAAAAUGAAAGAUGGAACUAAAUAUAACCUUAAGAUCAAAACAUAACUAGUGAUCAAGAUUUAGCCCUUGCGCCCCAAGUUUUUUCAUCCCUUGUCCCCCAAGUUUCUCUUAAAGUUCAAACCACCCCCUCCUAUAUAUACCAACAAAAAACUAUACACUAUACUCCACUCCACAAACCCUAACCGUUUUUCUAUCUUCUUCAAUCUACAUUUCACAAACCCUAACCCUAACACACUCAUCAAUGGAGCCAGAACAGCAGAAUUCAUCUCAAGAAACCAGCAAAAAAGCCGCCAAAAAGGAAGCGGCAAAGGCGGAGAAGCUCCGCCGUAAGCAGGAAGCUGCUGCGGCGGCCGCCGCCGCGUCCGGCGUUGCCGGAGUGUCGAUCGACGGUCCGGAUCCGCUGGCGGCGAACUACGGUGACGUUCCGAUUGAAGAAAUUCAAUCAAAGGCGGUUUCCGGUCGCGUGUGGACGACGGUGAGUUCGUUGACGGAGGAAUUGAAGGAUCAGACGGUGUUGAUACGUGGACGAGCUCAGGCGAUUCGAGCGGUAGGUAAGAAAAUGGCGUUUCUAACGGUUAGAGAGAGAGGUUAUACGGUGCAGUGUGUGUUGACGGUGGCGCCGGAGGUUGUUAGUGCUCAGAUGGUGAAGUUUGCUACUGGUAUUAGUAAGGAGUCGUUUAUUGAUAUUGAAGGUGUUAUUACGGUUCCGCCUGAGGCGAUUAAAGGAGCAUCUCAGCAGGUUGAAAUUCAAGUGAGGAAGAUUCACUGUGUAAACAGGGCUGCAACUGUGCUUCCUAUAAACGUUGAGGAUGCUGCCAGAAGUGAAGUUGAAAUUGAGAAGGCUUUGGAGGCUGGAGAACAACUUGUUCGUGUUAAUCAGGAUACGCGUUUGAACUAUAGGAUUUUGGAUGUCCGAACACCAGCAAAUCAAGGGAUUUUCCGUCUCGAGUGCCAAGUUUCAAAUUUCUUCCGGCAGUUUUUACUGAACGAAGAUUUUAUCGAGAUCAACACUCCAAAGUUAACCGCGGGCACCAGUGAAGGUGGUGCAGCGGUUUUCAAACUGGAAUACAAAAAGCAACCUGCCUGUCUUGCACAGUCACCACAACUUCACAAACAGAUGGCAAUCUGUGGUGAUUUUGGAAGGGUGUUUAUAGUUGGUCCUGUUUUUAGAGCCGAAGACUCGUAUACACACAGGCAUUUGUGUGAGUUCAUUGGUCUCGAUAUGGAGAUGGAAAUUAAAGAGCAUUAUUCCGAGGUGAUGGAUGUGGUGGACCGUCUUUUUGUUGGAAUGUUUGACAGAUUGAAUGAAAGAUGCCAGAAAGAGCUAGAAGCUAUUGGGAAGCAGUAUCCCUUCAAGCCUUUGAAAUACUUACGGAAGACCUUACGGCUUACAUUUGAAGAAGGGGUCCAAAUGCUAAAGGAAGCUGGCGUUGAGGUGGAUCCAUUUGGGGAUCUUAACACAGAAUCAGAAAGAACGUUAGGAAAACUUGUUUUGGAAAAGUAUGGAACUGAGUUCUAUAUACUGCACCGCUACCCUCUGGCAGUUCGACCUUUUUACACAAUGCCUUGCCCUGACAACGAGGCUUAUAGCAACUCGUUUGAUGUUUUCAUUAGAGGUGAGGAGAUUAUUUCAGGGGCGCAGCGUGUGCACAUCCCUGAACUUCUGGAGUCACGUGCCACAGCAUGCGGUAUUGAUGUCAAAACGAUAUCAUCAUAUGUCGAUUCUUUCAGGUAUGGUGCGCCACCGCAUGGUGGAUUUGGAGUCGGCUUGGAACGUGUUGUCAUGCUUUUCUGCGCUCUCGACAACAUUCGUAAAACAUCACUCUUUCCCCGUGACCCACGAAGGCUAGAACCAUAGAUCUGUUUACAUGCCAAAUGGGUUUUCGGUUAUUUAACCAAAAAACAAUAUUUUUUGUUACAUUUUCAUGCUGGAGGUCUUGAGGCUGAGGAAACCUCCUUUCUCUUCUCAUGUACUCUUUAAAGUUUCUCAUGGUGAUAUUUGCUGUUUUUGUUCUAGUUUAAAAUUAAAAUUUGUACUUAAAAGAAACGUUCAUACCGUUUCUUUGGUUUUUAAUCUUUUGCAAAAGUUUCUUGAUGUUCAUAUUUAAAAUAAAACUUAAUUGCAUUU